AUGGUAGCAUCACUCAACAAAGGUAAGGAUAGAGAAGGAAAGGAUAGAGAAGGAAAGCAGCGAGACUCGAAGGAACGAGGAGGGAAGGACGAAGAGGGGGAGAGAAGAGAAGGGAAUGAGAGAGAAGGGAAGGAAAGAGAUGGAAAGAGAAGAAAAUGGACGGAGAGAGAAGGGAAGGAUGGCGGAGGUAACGAGAAGGGAGUAGAGAAUGAAAGAAAGGAGAGAGAAGAGAUCGAAAGGAAGGAGAAGGAAAGAGGAGAAGAUAGCAAGUUUGGUGAGGCCCAAGAAGGAAACGUGGUGGUGGGCGAGGGAAGCGGGAAGUCAAGUGCGGUGGUGUGGGGGAAAGAUGAGGUGGCGGAGCAGCGCGGCACAGAAGAGAGGGGGGGGCGAGCUGAGUCUCCAUCACAGAGGCAGGGGGGUUCUGUGGGGGAGGUGGGAGGGGUGGGUGAGGGCGCAAGUGGUGAGGGGGGUGGUGCUGGUGCUUUCCGUGUGAAGGAGGAGUGGGCAUGUGCACCGGACAAGAGUGACUGUGAGGGCGAGAUUGGCGGCAGGAGGAAAAAGGGCGAGGUUGAGAAGAAGGGAGAGAGUGAGAUGAAGGGUGAGAGUGAGAAGGGUCAGAGUAAGAAGAAUGGUGACUAUGAAAAAAAGGGUGAGAAUGAGAAGGGAGAGAGUGAGAAGGGAGAGAGUGAGAAGGGAGAGAGUGAGAAGAAGGGCGAAUGUGAAAAGAAGGGAGAGAGUGAGAAGAAAGGUGAGAUUGAGCCUUGUUUGGAAGAGGGUGGGGUGAUAGUGGAGGUGGGCAAGGAGGUGGGCGAGGAGGUGGGCGAGGAGGUGGGCGAGGAGGUGGGCGUGGAGGUGGGCGAGGAGGUGAGCGAGGAGGUGGGCGAGGAGGUGGGCGUGGGUGCAGCGGAGAAGGCGUGUGAGUUGACUCGCGUGCUGCUGGGUCCCACGGUGUCGCGUCUUGCUGCUGCAUCCGUUGGUGGUGGCAUUGAAGGUUCGAAGGCGGUGGCCGAUGUGAUGCUGGCAGGUGGCGGGGCCACGGCAGCGCAGGAAGAGAGAGGGCAGGCAGUGCAUGCAGAGGAGAAGCAGGUGGAGGGCGGUGAGGAGGUGAGCAUGCAGGUGAGCAUGCAGGAGGAGGGUAGCGGUGAGGGGAGACCAGUGCAGGAGGAGGAGGAGAGGGGAGAGCGGAGGGUAACGGCUGGGAGCUUGGCGGAGGGCGAGGUGGCGGAGGGAGAACGGGAUGAGGAAGUGGUGGAAAGUGGGAAGGUAGGAAGCGGGGGACAGGAGCAGCAGGAGGAGGGGGGGGAGGGGCGGCAGCAACGGUCGGUGUCGCCGGGCACGCGGGCGCUGAUGUGCGACGAGGAGGACGACCCCGGGGACACGCUCUUCGCCGCCACCUCCUCCCCGCUCGCCCGCUCCAGCGCACUCGCCAGCAGCGAUGCCGAUGCUGACCUGGACGAUGACGUGGCGAGGGGUGAUGUGGCGGAUGAGGGGGACGAGCAGGGCGGAGGGGAAUGGGGUGCGUGGUGGGAUGGCAGGCGGGUGAGUCGGAAGCGCAGUGCAGAGCUGAUGGAGGGGCAGCGCGGCAUGGGGCCGGGCAUGGGGGCGGGCAGCAGCAGCCCCUCCGCCGCUCUGCCGCGCACCACCAGCGCUGGCCUUGCCGCCCACCUGCCGCCCUCUGGUUUCUCGCCCUCACCUGGCAAGGCCAGGAGGAGAAGCCUGGGGGGGCAUGGUGCGGGGGGUGGCGGCGGCGUGAGGGGGGGAGAGGAGCAGGUGGAUGGGAGGAGGAGCGUGAGUGCCGGUCAUGCUGCCCUUGCUGCUGCUGCCGCCGCUGCUGGCAAUCAUCCCUUUGCUGCCGGAUGCGUCUCAGGAGCUGCUGCAGGCGCGGCAGCAGCAGAGGUGGGUGUGAUGGAUGAUCCAAGAGUUGCCAUCCGCCUCGCUGCCGUGCGGUCGGCACUGGCCACGACAAGGGGUCAGGGGAGAGGGACGUCGGCAACAGGAGGGGCGAGUGGAGGGGAGGGAGGAGAGCGAAUGCAGGCAGUGCAGCAGAGGGCGGUGGUGGAGAGGGUGGUGGUGGAGAGGGGGCUUCUGGAAUUGCUAGAAGACCACCUUCUGCAGAUCGCCGCCCACAUUGGCGCCCCCGCUUGCUAG